AUGGAUAUUGGCUCCCAAAGAGCAAGUCCUCGUGGAAAGAAAUUUGUCGUGGCUUUCAUGCAAGACCACCAGAAAUACCAACGCAAGCCAUCUGACAUGAAAUACCAGCUGCUGAUCACUGGUCAUCAUCCCUCAACUCUUACCAAAGUGUCACUAGAUAGAGUGUAUCACGUGGUAACUCCAGAUGAUAGCAACACAGAUGGUUUCAAGGAAUUUGCCAUUGUAGCUCAGGAAAAUGCCACUGAUGUUGAUAUUUCCCUAAAAGGAGAUGUGCUAUUCAAUGGACAGGUUUAUCCUGCAGGGAGCAAACUUUCUGUUAAUCUUAAGGCAUUCCAAGCACUUCAGCUGCAAAGCUCAGAUGAUUUAUCAGGUACCAGAAUUGAAUCAAAGGAACCCGUGGCUGUCUUCAGUGGACACAGCUGUAUUAUGAAAAACAACGACUGCAACCAAGUUUUUGAACAGCUGCUGCCCAGUUCAAGCUGGGGUACCUUCUUCAUUGUCCCUGUGCUCCCUUUCCAAAACAGGGAUGGCGUACUGUAUAUAACGGCUUCUCAAAACACUUAUCUCAAAUACCAACAUGGGAAUGUGCUCGGCUCCCAGACCCUGGAAUCUGGAGAAGUCAUGCAGAUAAACAAAUAUUCUUCUGAGCCAGUUUCUAUUUCCGCCAGUGCUAGAAUCCAGGUGCUUUACUACUCUACUGGAGGCGAAAGCCAAGGCCAUGGACCAUUGCUACUCAAUAUUCCAGCUGUUACAACCUUUUGCAGAUCAUAUGAUCUUCCCUACACGAAGCAUUUGGAUAAUUAUGCUAUCAUCAUAGCCAAAACCUCCGAUCUCAGUGGAAUCAGAAUACAGAGGAAGCCCUUUGCAAAAAGCCAGUGGAAAUCAGUCCCAGACACAGAAUACUACUGGACUGAACACAGCUUGGCUAGGGAAGUAGGUAUUCUUUCUUCAUUGGGUUUUCAUGUUCCACUUGGGGUCUUCACCCUUGGAUUUUCACAGAAUGAUGGCUAUGGCUCACAGGAUCAUUGUACCUCCCCUAUGACCUGCCCAGCCAACAGUCACUACGAAGUCUGCACUAACACUUGCGCCAACCGCUGUGCCAAUGUCACAGAUACUGAGCCAUGUCCAGAGACCUGCAGGGAGG